AUGAAACUAAAAAGAUUCUUACUUAGGUACUAUCCUCCAGGAAUUAUUUUGGAGUAUGUUAGAUCAAAUGGAGAAAUGGAGUAAAAGUCUAUUGAUCUCUUAAACCUCUCCAAUGACAUUGAUGUAGAUUAGUUAGUAAAUGAAAUAGUUAUGGAAGAACCUAUGAUCACUCCAAAUAGAAAGCCUUAAAUUAAAUAGUUAAUUAGCAAGUUGAUUGAUAAAAUUGAAUCAAAGAAGAACUAACAUUUUUCGUUGUAUAAAACUUUAAAGGCUCACGUACUUCCUCUUACAAACUGUGCUUUCAAUAAAAAUGGUGAUAGAUUUAUAACUGGUUCAUAUGACAGAACAUGCAAAAUUUGGGACACUGAAACUGGAGAAGAAAAAUUUACACUUGAAGGACACAAAAAUGUUGUUUACUGUAUUGCUUUUAAUAAUCCCUUUGGUGAUAAGGUAGUAACAGGUUCAUUUGAUAAAACUGCAAAAAUUUGGGACGCAAAUACAGGUUAAUGCUUAAAUACUUUAUAUGGUCAUUAAUAUGAAAUCGUUUGUUUAUCUUUUGAUCCCCAAGCUACAGUAGUUGCUACUGGUUCUAUGGAUCAAACUGCAAAAUUAUGGGAUGUAGAAACAGGAAAAGAAUUUGCUACAUUAAAAGGACAUACAGGAGAAAUUGUCUCCCUUAAUUUUAAUGCUGAUGGUGAUAAACUUUUAACCGGUUCUUUCGAUAGAACUGCUAUGAUUUGGGAUGUUAGAUCAGGAGAAUGUAUUCAUGUUUUAGAUGAGCAUGUUGGUGAAAUUUCAAGCACUUAAUUUGAGUUUACUGGAGAACUUUGUGCCACUGGUUCUAUAGAUAAAACUUGCAAAAUCUGGGAUAUCAAUACUGGUAAAUGUAUAGAAACACUUAUGGGUCACGUUGAUGAAGUAUUAGAUAUUGCUUUUAAUUCAACUGGUACAAGAUUAGUUACUGCAAGUGCUGAUAGUACUGCUAGAGUUUAUAAUGUUCAUAAUGGAGCAUGUAUGAGUCUAUUAACAGGACAUGAAGGUGAAAUUUCCAAGGUUUCAUUUAAUCCUUAAGGAACUAAAAUUAUUACUGCAGGUUUAGAUUGCACUGCUAGAAUUUGGGGUACUGAAACAGGAGAAUGCUUAUAAGUUUUAGAAGGACAUACUGAUGAAAUAUUUUCAUGUUCAUUCAACUAUGAAGGAGAUAUAAUUAUUACAGGCUCUAAAGAUAAUACAUGCAAGAUUUGGAAAGAUGAGUUAUUACAUAAACCUCCUACAAAUUGA